GUUUCACACAAAUGUUAGGUAAAGCAAUAUAAAAGUUUAGAAAUUAUAUUACGUACGACCUACACAAGUUGAUAUUUAAAUUGUAUCAUUUUAAUUGUGUAUUUUAGUGAACUAAUAAUUGUUUGUUUGAAUUGUUUGCUCUCUUGAUUGCUUAGUUUGAUUCUCUUUCUUCGCGUUUAUUUGCAUGCACAUUGUAAUUCACACACAGAUGAUGUCCCAAAUAUUUCGAAAAAAAGUUUUCGUUUUCUACUGUGCGUGCCAAACCGCUGAAAACGAAAGCGAAACUUAAGUUUUUCAUAACUAAUAUCUUAUUUUUCUUCGACUUGAUGCUGCUAGCUUCCAAAUGGAUCCCAAUGUGCCAAAAAUGGUUUCCCAGGGUACGUGCACUACUAGCAAACAAAAAAUUGACAACUAUAGCCAAACAACCUUAACACGAGCACCGCAAAUCAUUGAUAGAGAAAUACAAGUUAACUUAUCAUCCUCGAGUUCCACACAAGGUGAAAUUGAAACCCAGUCUAGUUUCGAAUACAGCAAGUCUAGACCAAUCAAGCCGUUAGCAACUUCACAAGCUAAAUCUAAUUUACAAACAUCGAAUGGGCAAAUAAAAAUGCAACCACAGCAUGAUUUUGUAGUGAGCUUAACUGAUCUAGUACAGCGCAAAAUACUUACGGAGAAGAACGGCCAGCAUUCUAAUAACCUUCCAAAAAUACAAAAAUUGCGAACUACGCUUCUAGACACUCUUGAAGGAAGCAAAGAAAAUAUCUCCCAAUCCUCUACAAAAAGCUCGAGUAAUUCUUUGCCCGAUUCGCAAAAUGCACCUGAAUUAGAUUUGGGUGUACAAUUAAUAUGUUCAUUGAUCAAUGCGAAAAGAGUCACACAAAUCGAGAGAAAUGAACUGCUACGUGAGAUUAUUAAACGUAUUAUGUAUUUAAGCGGCGUUGGUGCACUGCCGAGCUCGGGAAAUAAUACUUUUUUUGGAUCACGCAGCAGUGUUAGUGCUGAUUCGUCCAGAGAACAAUUGCAACGAGCAAAAGCUACAAAUAUAUUAUAUGGGCAAAGAUCACAAAGUUCGACUUAUACAUCGGAGACCGGGAAAUCAAUUUCAGUACACGGCUACGAAUCACUGCCAAGAGUUUCGAAACCAAAAAAGCAGGUGUCUACUAAUUCAGAUAAAAAAGCCGAAGUGUUAAAAGCGACGCCGUCCACAAAAGAAAGAGCGUCCACGUUGAAAUCCGCAUCAACAAGAAUAACAGAGUCUAGUACUGGGACCUCAAGUGAAUUGGCUUUGAAUACGUACAACUACAAUGGAAAAAAUACUAAAAGAGAAAAAGGUGGUUCCGACAGCGAUUCAUCAAAAAACCUUAGUGAACACAAAGUAAGACGUUCAUCGGAGCAAUUAAACACUGUAAAUAUGCAUCGUAAUUCGCAGCCAGAUCUUGCGUACCCAAAUAUGCGCGAAUGGCUAGAUCCAAUGACACAAGCUGAGGUGGAAUAUGAAAGGAAGCAGCGAAGUGAACAGCUAAACUGGAUUGAAAAGGAAAUACAACGGUUAGAGUGUUUAAAACAAUUGCUGCUACACCAGAAUAGUUCCCCAAUAGAAAGUAGUACUACAUCAGAAAGUACAGGCAAUCACCUAAAAAGAAAAGUAGCCGCAGAAGUUCAACACUCAUCGGAGAAUGUGUACGAUACUGUUGAUACGGAAAUUUAUGCGAAAAGUGAUGCGAAUUCGGACAAAUCACCAGAAAGGGCAGACAAAGACAAAAUUCACGAUAUCGAAGUUAUAAUCGAGGAAUCGAAUGAAGACGUAGUCAAUUUGAAUGAUAAUCUAAAAAGGACCAGAGAAAGGCGAAAGGAAACUCAAUUAAUAUAUAAAAAAAGCUUAGACGAUAUGACUACAAAUCAACGAUUCUCGUUUAAACCACGUUUUCGCAGCACACAUGAGACUAUAACCAUUAACGAAGAGCAAUUAUUGGGUGAUAGUGAUAAUAAUGGCCAUAAAAAUAGGCAUCGAAAAAAAAUGGAGACUCCUCCACUAACCCGUAAGAUUACCGCUGACAAUAGUUUGCGUGAUCUAAUAUUGCAACGUAAACAAAAAUUUAUAGAGCUGUACAAAAAUAAACGCCACCACCCGUAUGAAACUUUGAAAAUGCAACAAAAAGAAGGAGAACACAAGCAGGUGUAUAAGCUCCCUCGUCCACAACUCACAUCGGGUUCUCCAUUACCUAGCAGCUAUAGCCGAAAAUCCUCACAUUUGAGAGAAGUUCCAUCAACAACUGCUUCCAAACUGACACAUGUUAUCUACACUUCAGCAGCUGUUCAUACCAGUAGCCAACAACUGAAAAAAACUGAGCACCAGGACACGACUACAACAACAACUACUUCGUCAGUGUCCCUGUUUUGCAUCUCUUCUGAUAUGUCUGUGCCUAUGAGCUCAGAACAUUCUUCUUCGACACCUAUAACCGGUGCAAGAAUACAAACCACCGGCACGAUGUUACGUUCAUAUCCUAUUUACGGUCCACAGUGUUGCGAUUGUUUACAAUCUAAACGCCUCGCUUGCACCCACUGGACUAAGACUUGUCCCAGUAUCACUAGUGCACAGAUAAAACCCAAAGGCAUUGCUUACGUAAUCGAAUUCGAUGAUACCGAGAAACCUGACAAUGCUGAUAAAGAGCAAGGACCGUCGGAAAACCCUUCAGAAACAAGUGUAGGGCUGCCACAAUCGACAACCACUUACGUAACAAACAACAUAAAAUCAAUUAGCAAGGACAAACUGGGACAUCAGACAACGCUGCAGGAACAUUUGGAAAAUUCUCAUCCCACUUUCUUACGGCGUUCUAAAGAACGCGAAGGUCUACUUAAAGCAAGGCAAACAGUGCGUGUGGAACGCCAACGUCAACUAAAACAAAUAAUAGAUAACGCAAGCUUCCACUCAUUAGAAGAACGUAUUAAGCGUUUACCGCCGGCACCGAUCGAAAAGUUACGCGUCGUAAAUACUAAGGAGAUGAAAGCUUUGACGAGCAAACGUUUCGCUAAACUACCUGAAGUAGUAGAAAAACGCAGACGUGAACGGGAAGAGAAAGAUCGACGUAAUAAUCGAAUUAUAAGGCAUUUAUUUAAUCAGCGUUUACAGCAACGCGUCCUUCGCGGAAAAACUUCUUUAAGUCACUGCAAAACGGUUAUUUAGUAUAAAUGUAUCGAACAGAUUAUGCCAAAAGGAAUCAGGGAGUCACAUUGUGUGACAUCUACAUUUUUAAACAAAUUUAUAACCUUUCUAAUUUAUUUCUACAUCUGUUUUGUGCUAUUUAAACAAAUAAAGUAAAACUGUACUGUCGAAGUGUGUCUUUCCUCGCAUUAGAUUGCACACUCUCUACACCUGUAAGACAAUAGCAGAUAAUUCAUGGAAGUCCCAUUGUAGGGAAAUUUGCAACUAUUACAAUGAAUGUUAAGCCUACAGCCUUACAUGCUAACAUGUAAUUAAUAAUAGUGGUGCUACCGCAAGUGGUACUGCUACAACAAGUGCGGAGACAAGGGAAACUGAUGGUGGUACAAAUAGUGCGACUGCAGGAUCUGCAAAUGCAUCGAGCAGUGCCGCUGCCAGCACUACUUCCGCAACUACUGCCGCCACAACAACUGGAGAAGAUACCAAGAAACCUGCAGCUUGUCAGACAACUGCUGCCGGCCCGACAACGGCGGUGGAUGAUGCAACAUCAUCUUCUUCAAACAACGGGAAUCUUCAAGUGAGGCAACAUCUGGAGUUGCGGUUAUUAGUGCACCUAAUUCCUCAAGCAUUGUUACACCAAUAGCCCCAGCACCGAAUACUACCGCUGCUGCAACCACAGGCUCUACGCCAACAACCGCGGUUCUGGCGAUAGCACAGCACGCAUUUGGGAUAUGUCUGAUACCGGAAAUUCGCCUAAUCAGUUAGUUUUAAGGCAUUGUGUACAGAAAGGUGGUGCGGAGGUGCCAAGCAACAAGGAUGUCAGGUCAUUGGAUUGGAAUUGCGAUGGUACUCUAUUGGCUACCGUCAGCUAUGACGGCUUUGCUCGGAUUUGGAAAACGGAUGGACAUUUGGCUUCUACUUUGGGUCAACAUAAGCGGCCUAUUUUUGCUCUCAAAUGGAACAAAAGGGGAAACUAUAUACUUUCCGCCGGCGUGGAUAAGACUACUAUCAGAAGCGUUUUAUAAUGUGGAUUAUAUCCCGUGGUGUUCGCAAUCGUAAUCUGCUUGUUGGCGCCAUAUUACAUAUAAACCGCUCCAAUAAGCCCUGGCUUACCCUAAUAAUAAAAAAAAAAAAGAA